AAAAAUGCAACUCUGCGUAGGUUCUCGCCAAUUGGAACUGCGAAUAUACUGCCUGUAUAUAUGUAAAUUGUUUAUAAUUAGCCAUUUUUCUACGAAACAAACGAUUAAAUAAUGCAAUUUUCUGCAUACUAAAUGCCAAAUACCGCAACCAAACUGCAGCCCGCGACAAGUGAUGUGAUUAGAGCAACAAGAAACGCGAGUUUUGAACGGUAAAACUUAGUGCCAAAACAAAGGGGACAGAAGAGGAACCCAAACCCAACAGAAAACCUCGGGUCGUGACCUGCCGAAGAGCCAGCGAGAAGGGAAAUAAACGUAGAAAACAUGGGCAAUGCAAGCUCCACCGUGCACAUGCAGCGCGAGCGCCACAAGUCGACCGAUUUAUCCACUCCGAGCUCUCCCGCACAUUUCCGCGAUUCACUUGUAGGCGGAGGGGGAACACCCGGGGGGGUGCUCGGAGGCGGGGGAGCGGUACAGGGUGCAGCAGCUUCGGUCGGGGCAACGGGGGGAGGAGGUGGUGGUGGAGGAGGCGGAGGCCAAGCUUUCUCGUUCGACAAAAAACAUACGGCAGUCUUAAACGAGGGCUCGUCGCAAGAAGACGACGACCCGUACUACACGGGAACUGGAACUGGCUCCACCAGACGGGGCACCACAGACGAGUCAUCAUCAUCAGCUGUUCCUCGUGAAAACUCGAGCAUGGACAACAACGAAGAGGAGGAGGAGGGACAGGGCCCGGUGCCACUGGGUGGAUCUCAACUGCUUGGCGAGGAGGACGAUGUAAGGAAAUCGGCCCUGCCCACUGUUCUCCGAUGGGACGGAGGCGGCAAGAACGUGACUAUCUCCGGAACAUUCUCCAAUUGGAAGCCCAUAACAAUGGUGCGCAGCCACCAAAACUUUGUGACCAUCAUCGAUCUGCCCGAGGGAGACCAUCAAUACAAAUUCUGUGUGGACGGCGAGUGGAAGCACGAUCCCAAAUUGAAAAGCGUCGAGAACGACGAGGGACAGAGAAACAAUUUGGUAUCCGUGCGAGAAUCCGAUUUCGAGGUUUUCCAAGCGCUGGCCAAAGACAGCGAGAACGUGACCAACUACGCCGAGAAGGAGUACUCGCAGGAGGUGCCUCAGGUUAAGCCCUGGGAGAAGGUGUCCGGUCCACCUGUGUUGCCACCCCACUUGUUGCAGGUUAUCCUCAACAAGGACACCCCUCUAUCGUGCGAACCCACCCUGCUGCCGGAACCUAAUCAUGUGAUGCUCAACCACUUAUACGCCCUGUCUAUCAAGGAUGGCGUCAUGGUCCUGAGUGCCACGCAUCGGUAUCGCAAGAAGUACGUCACCACGCUGCUCUACAAGCCCAUUUAGGCAGCAUGCAAUUGGUAUUUUAGCUGUAGGAACCUGGUUUUUAUGAGGGGGUAAACCCGGAGACCUUUCGGGUAAUACCCCAAGCCCAAUACGUCUCGCUUGUCAAAUUUACAUUAUAAUGCAGUGAAAGUGUUUUAUUUUCCUUUUAUUUAAGCGUUGUAUUUUUAAUCGUUAUAAAUAUACGGAACUUGUAAAAUCUAA